UGGUAACCUCCCACUUGAACCGGAACCUUUCUCUCGGGUUUGCAGCCCUCCCUGUCGGUCUAUCGCCCUGACAGCAGCAGCCACAACACCGACCACAGAGGCAGCACCGUGUGCGCCCCUCUCUCCUCUCCUCUCCUCUCCUCCUGCCCCGGAGCAGGACGCGUCCUCAUUUUACUCUGCAUCAUGUAACAUACAUCCGGUACUUGCUGCUGGAUGUGACAUAUAUUCAUCCUCUAUGUGACAGCCUCGUCUCCGUGGAUCUCUAUAACGAUUGACAGGAGGACCCAUGGGCGCUGCUGUUCGGAUGCACCCUUUGCGCUGCGCUGCUCUGUGGUGACCGGGCUCGCCUCGGGUGCGUGCGGGGUUGGUGACCCAUCGUCAAAAAAAAACCCAAAAACUCGUUCAUUCACGGAUUAUUGAACCUGUGGGGUCGAUACGGAGUAAAAAAAAAAAGAGAUGGGGAGCACGACCUCCUGCUGCGUGUCUGCCAGCCCCAAGCUCCGCAGAAAUGCUCACUCCAGGCUGGAGUCGUACCACCAGGAGUCGGAUCUGAGCAGGGAGGAGACGGGAUGUAACCUGCAGCACAUCAGCGACAGGGAGAACGUCGACGAGUUGAAUAUGGAGUACAAUCCAUCAGACCAUCCGCGGGCGAGCACCAUCUUCCUCAGCAAAUCCCAGAACGAUGAGUUGCCCUUCAGGAACGUGCGAGAUAAACGGAAAAGCCUUUUCAUCAAUAAUCAUGGCACGUCCAGGAGGAAAUACAGCUCCUGCUCCACCAUCUUCCUCGACGACAACACGGUCAGCCAGCCCAACCUCAAAUACACCAUCAAAUGUGUAGCAUUGGCAAUCUACUACCAUAUAAAAAACAGGGACACAGAUGGAGCGAUGCUGUUAGAUAUCUUCGACGAGAAGCUUCAUCCUCUUUCAAAGUCGGAGGUGCCGCUGGACUACGACCAACACGACCCUGAGCAGAAGCAGAUCUACAGAUUCGUCAGAACUUUGUUCAGCGCCGCUCAGCUCACGUCUGAGUGUGCCAUCGUCACACUGGUGUACCUGGAGAGGCUCCUGACCUACGCAGAGAUCGACAUCUGCCCGGGUAACUGGAAACGGAUCGUUCUGGGUGCAAUCCUGCUGGCCUCAAAGGUCUGGGACGAUCAGGCCGUCUGGAACGUUGAUUACUGCCAGAUCCUCAAGGAUAUCACGGUGGAGGAUAUGAACGAGUUGGAGCGCCAGUUUCUGGAGCUGCUGCAGUUCAACAUCAAUGUGCCGUCCAGCGUCUACGCCAAGUAUUACUUUGAUCUGCGAUCGCUCUCAGAGUCCAACAACCUCAGCUUCCCCCUGGAGCCGCUCAGCAGGGAGAAGGCCCAAAAACUAGAGGCUAUUUCCAGGCUGUGUGACGACAACUACAAGGACGUCCGCAAAGCUGCGAGGAAGCGCUCGGCCAGCACGGACAAUCUUUGUGGGGUCAGAUGGGUUCCUGCCAUCCUCUCCUAACCAGACGCCAUGAAACUGAACACUGGCUUGACACGCUGGUUUCGAUGCGAGAACUCCUACACACACACACACACACACACACACACACACACACACACACACACUCACGUUGGUGGAAUUAGACCAGCAUGGUUUAAAAACUUCCAGAUAAAACAAAAAAACAUGGAGCAGCGACUGAAAACUGAAACCAAAACUGACGUCUUAGGAGGGGGAUUAUUUUUGCCUUCACAGUGCCUCAACUCUUCUAUUAACACAAGAAAGAAAAGAAAGGCGGUCCAGGUUGUUUUAUCAUCCUCGGGGAAGAAUCCAGCGACGGACCAAUAAACACAAUCCUGGAGAAGAAAGCCUUGAAAAACUUUUUCAGGACAUGGCUUUGUGAACGUGUCUAAAUGUAUCAGCACUGAUCAGUUUUCUGCUUUUCUGUCUGGACUGAAUCUGACACGACCUGCCUCCAAGACGGCCUUUCAACCCACACAGUGAAGCUUAUUAUUAUUUAUUUGACUGAGCAGCCUGGACUCUUAAUACUUUCAGACUUUCAAAAAAACAGUAGCAUAGCACUGGAAUUUCUACCUGGUAUUUAUUUCCUUUUACAGGUCUUAGAAUAAUAAAAAAAAGUAUUAACAAGUUGA